AUGGCAUCCAAGCAGGACCUUGAAGCAGGCCCCCAAGCGAUCACCAACCCCGAGCUUCCCAACCAGGCCGAGAACGACAAAGAUCCGAACCUCGUCACCUGGAAUGGACCCGAUGACCCAGAGUUUCCCAAGAAUUGGUCAAGGGGCCUGAAGUGGAAGAACACCUGGUCGGUUUCCCUAUUUGUCUUCAUUUCACCCGUGUCCUCAUCGAUGAUUGCCCCCGCCCUGGAGGGUCUCGCCCAGUCGUUGGGGAUGCACUCGGAAAUUGAGACAUAUCUGUCGUUGAGUAUCUUCAUUCUCGCGUAUGCCAUCGGCCCCGUUUUUUUCGGGCCGGCGUCUGAACUCUACGGUCGACUGCGUUUACUCCAAGUCAGUAAUGUGUGGUAUCUGGCCUGGAAUCUGGGAUGCGGGUUCGCGAAGACCAAAGGGCAGCUUUUUGCUUUUCGUUUCCUCGCAGGUAUUGGUGGUAGUGCGCCGCUAGCUAUUGGAGGAGGAGCCAUCAGCGAUAUGUGGUCCGCAGAAGAACGGGGUAAAGCCAUGGGUGUCUAUACUCUUGGGCCACUCCUAGGACCCGUAAUCGGUCCGAUCGCUGGUGGGUUUAUUGCCGAGUAUUCAACCUGGCGCUGGGUAUUCUGGUCCACCUCCGCUGCGGCUGUCGCAGUGCAGGUAGUCGGGUUUUUCUGGCUGAAAGAAUGCCACCCGGGCACGCUCCUAAGAAGGCGCCGUGACGUUCUUGCUAAAGAGACAGGGAAUGAGAACCUUCGCACUGCAGAGAGAGUUGAGACGCUGGCUUACAAGCUUCUUCAUGCACUUGAACGACCGGUGCGGAUGUUUACGACACAGCCUAUUGUCCUCUGUAUGGGACUUUAUAUGGCCUACCUCUUCGGCGUCGCCUAUCUGGUGUUUGCAACCUUCCCGGAUAUUUGGACCGAGGUCUACCACGAGAGACCCGGAAUUGGAGGUCUCAAUUAUCUCUCCAUCGCGAUUGGAUCUUUCAUCGGGCUCUUCUUUAAUCUCAAGCUCGUGGACCGUAUCUACAGCAUUCUCAAAGCCCGGAACAAUAAUGUGGGCAAGCCCGAGUUCCGAAUGCCGUCCCUGGCUGUAGGAUCGAUCAUCAGCACCAUCGGGCUCUUCUGGUACGGCUGGAGCAUUGGCAAUACUCACUGGAUCAUGCCGAACAUCGGUGCGCUGAUCUACACGAUGGGCACCAUCUCCUGCCUACAGGGCAUGCAAACAUACAUUGUCGACAGCUACCAAACCUACGCAGCCAGCGCUAUGGCGGCCUGUGCUGUGCUUCGGAGUCUGUGCGGUUUUGGCUUCCCACUCUUCGCUCCCUAUAUGUACAACUCCCUGGGUUACGGUUGGGGCACGAGUGUGCUGGCCUUCAUCGUCAUGGUCUUCGGAUGGGGUGGGCCAUUUAUUUUCUGGAAAUUUGGGCCCCGGCUGCGGGCCAUGUCUGAAUAUGCCUCUGGCUGA